AUGAAUAUACUGCCGAAGAAAAAGUGGCAUGUGCGUACAAAAGAGAAUGUGGCACGUGUAAGGCGUGAUCAGAAGAAAGCUGCCGAAGAGGAGCAGCGAAUCAAAGAAAGAGCUCAGCUUGCCGAGCAAGAGUUCAAAGUGAGUUUUUCGAGGAAAAUUGUAAACAUCUGGCGCAAGAUACCGAUUUUUCAUGAGUAUUUUAUUUCCAGUCAGCAGCGGAUUAUCUUUUUAUAUAUCAGGUUUUUCUUUGAGUGUGUGCCGGCGAAAUUCUCGUUAUUCAUUUGUCAAAUUGAAAUUAUUCAGAUAUUAUUCACACUUAUUCAUGUAUUCAAAGUAUAA